AGUUCGAUAACAACGAAUCGGUGCUUUUAUCAGUGUGUUUCCACCUCUACAGAGUAUUUACUUUAUUCGAAAAUAGACAUUUGAGGCCUGCCACGGCCAUUGCGGGCGUUAUUAGUUGAAUUAAGUCGGUGAUGCGGGGAGCCAGUAGGAUCAGCGUUCGGUUUUUGCAAUUAAUGGUCCAAUAACCACGCCAACCCCUCACAUCUGGCAGCCCAGACUGCUAUGUAUGUAUAAACAGAUGCAUAUAUAUGUAUAACAGAUGUAUUUUCAUAAACCGAGAGUUUGGCAAUAACCGAGUAUCGCGCUUUCCCGGCCAGAUUAGAGAAUUCGGCCAAGUUGACCGUCGAUCGUGCUAUCCAUCGGGCCAUCGCAGAGAGUGGGCGGGCAGAGGCGGAAGAGAGUUAAGGUGUGGUUCGGUGCCACAACAGAAAUUCAUAACGAACGGGGUGGAAAGUCUCUCACUCUCCGCGACAACGUCUUCGACGACAACCUCCUCCACCUGUCCGUAGAUUGGCACAGGAUUUCCGACUAACUACCGUGUGAUGCAAUCGCUAUCCGGCAUAUACCGUAUAAACUACGCAUCUGGUGCCCGUAUCGCAGAUUGAAGUUGUGUCCGGACGGCAGCUGGUGGAACAUGAACGUCGUGGAAAGCAGUCAACCGCCGCCCACCAGCCAUGACUCGCUCCUCGACGAGUACGUCAUCCAUGUGCACAUGCCCAACAAGAGCUUCAAGGCGGUCAAGUUCAGUGUCAAGGAAACCGUCUUCAAUGUGAUCCGGAAGACCAUCGAGGAUCUGGGACGGGAUGGGCGGCCGCCUAGCAUCCAGCGCUAUGCCUGUCGGAUGAUGAACAUGAUCACCAAGGAGGUGAUCUGGUUGGCCAGGACCACCCCCAUGCAGAAGGUCCUCACCCACAUCCUGACGCCGGGCUGUGCCAAUGUGGACUGCCCCAAUAACGAGGACGCCAAGUUCGAGUUCGAGGAGGGAAUGCUGCACCAUCAGGAUCAGGGAAAGAGGGUCAUCGCCAACAGAGUCUGGCGGGUGGAGCUGAGGGUGCGCUAUGUGCCCAACAGUAUUCAGGAUCUAUUCGACGAGGACAAGGCCACAUGCUUCUACUACUUCAAUCAGGUGAAGGAAGAUUUCAUCCAGGCCAAUGUAACCGCGAUCGACACAGAUGUGGCGGUCCAAUUGUGCUGCCUGGGCAUCCGUCAUUUCUUCAAGAACAUUACGGUUAAGGCUCCGGACAAGAAGCAGCACAUCGAUUACAUUGAAAAGGAAAUGGGAUUUAAGAGUUUUCUUCCACAAUCUGUGAUAGCCACAACAAAGCCAAAGAAUCUUAAGAAACUGAUCCAAGUCGGUUACAAAAAGGUCUACAAUUACAAUGACAUUGAGUACUUGACACGGUUCUUCGAUCUUUUAAAAAAUAUUUAUUUAACAAACUUUGAGCAAUUCUCGGUGACACUGAGCUCUGCCUGGAAUAUAUCUGGAAUCCUACACGUCGGCCCCCACAUCGGAAUCUCUUAUCAGACCCAUCCCCAAGCUAGCCUGAAGAAUGUGGCUCAGUUCAAGGAUGUCGUUGCAAUAAAAACAUGCACUCUACCAAAGGAAAAGCUGCCCAAGGCCAGCGAAAAUGCUACGGAAUCCACGGAGUCCCAUAACUUCAACUGCAACUGCCAGAAGAUCAAAACGCAGAUCAAAAUCUCUGCCUCGAAUAAUGUGGAGGACUUGGUUAUUACGUGCAAUGGCAUUAAUACGGCGGAGAGCAUUGCCGACCUCAUUGACGGCUACUGCAGAUUGUUAUCAAAAGACCUGGAGUUCACGAUUUGGCAGAGGGAAACAACCGCAUCGACCAGCGAUGAUAGCACAAAGGCCUCCAGCAAUAAUGCGACACUGGAGUCGAAUAAAUCAGGGGCGAGUCCGGCAAAGCCUAUGCUAACGGAUGACUACGCUGAGAUUGGUCUGAUGGAGGGGGAGGGCGACUACUCCACGCCCACUGUUCGCAACUAUGAACUGGACAGGGCCCACAUUACGCCGAGCGCUAAGAUCGGAGUGGGACAGUUCGGGGAUGUCUAUGUGGGCACAUACACGCUCCCGAAGUCGGCCAAGGCCAAGAACUUUGUGGGAAAUGGGAAAGACAGUAGCAAUAGCGACCAAAGAAAUGCCGAUGGAAGGCCUGAUGUCAUUCAGGUGGCAAUAAAGACAUGCAAAGCAAACGAUGAUCCCGAGAAGACAGAGAACUUCCUAGCAGAAGCUUAUAUUAUGCAGAAGUUCGAUCACCCUCAUAUUAUACGACUAAUAGGCAUUUGUAGUGUAAUGCCGAUUUGGAUAGUCAUGGAGUUGGCGAAACUGGGAGAACUGCGGGCAUACUUAAAGACAAACAGCGAAAGACUAAGCCAUGGCACUUUGCUUAAAUACUGCUACCAAUUAUCCACGGCUCUCAGCUAUCUAGAGUCCAAGAAGUUUGUCCAUCGAGACAUUGCUGCUCGCAAUGUUCUCGUCAGCACUCCAACGUGUGUUAAGUUGGCUGACUUCGGAUUAUCACGCUGGGUUUCCGAUCAAUCGUAUUACCACUCGACACCCACAGUGGCCCUGCCCAUUAAGUGGAUGUCGCCGGAGUCGAUAAACUUUCGUAGGUUCACCACAGCCAGCGAUGUGUGGAUGUUUGGUGUCUGUAUUUGGGAAAUACUCAUGCUCGGCGUCAAGCCGUUCCAGGGCGUUAAGAACAGCGAUGUAAUCUCAAAACUGGAGAACGGGGAGCGCCUCCCGUUGCCUCCCAACUGUCCCCCACGACUUUACUCACUUAUGUCCCAGUGCUGGGCUUACGAACCACUUAAAAGACCGAAUUUCAAGCGGAUUAAAGAGACACUUCAGGAAAUUCUGAUUGAGGACAGCAUUAGCUCAUCGGAGACUCUGAAACGGGAGCACCGACGAGUGGCAACCAUGUCCUGGGUGGGCAGUGACGACGUCGACAUACCGCCCAUGAAGCCAUCGAGAGCUAUACACGAUUCGGACCUUUCAAACUUGAUGUCCAAUGUGAAUGAAACAACCUCGACACCUCAAACCUACAUCAUUGCCCAAAACCCCGCGGUGCUGGCCAAGCUGAUGAUGGAGAACCAGAAGCGUGGCAUCAAUCCUGCCGCCUACACCACACCAGCAUCGGUAUUUAACACUCUAGCCGUAGAAUUAGAUGACAGCAAAGCGCAGGUUUCUCUCAAGACCACUAAGCUUCCGGCAGCCGAUAUGCUUAAGCUCGACCCCAUCGCAGAAUCUGAAAGACUCAAGACCCAAUAUUCCACUAACAGCAGUGCCAGUCAGAUGGCCAACUCCCUAAACGCAGUAGUUAACCCCCUAGAGACCCUUACUCCCCAUCAGGCAGGUAUGUUUACGGGUAGUCUCCCCUCGAAGAGUAGCUUCGUCGUUUGUGCUCCGCACACCGAGGAUCAGAUGCCAAUGGAGAACAAUAUGUCCAACCCGGCUGUUUCGAAGGUGGCCGGUUAUAGCUUGUACGGCAGUUUGGAGCGACAUCAGCCAGCGCCCGCCAAGUCGAUGCAUUCCAAGGGCGGCAGCCUAGAGCGCCAUCAGUCGUUGAUGUCCGCCCAGAACUUGGUGUUUUACAACGCCAAGCCGCCGCCCCAUUGCACCAACACGGCGGAGCGUUCACGGAGCAUGGAGCGGAACACAUACUUCCAUGCCUAUCGUCAGCAAAUGAAGACAUCAAUCGAGUGCGAAGCUCUGCCAGAGGAGAUCUACGACUUUGGAGGAGCUGGACUCAAGACUUGUGUCUCCAACAAGCAGCAACCACAAUGCAGUCCAAUGAUGAACUUGUGCCCCGUGGAAAUACCACAAGUUCCGGUCCCAGAAUGCUCUGGAAUGCAUCCCAAUAUCCCACCAAGUGGCCAAACCAGUUCAUUUGGAGUCAUCUCGCCACACAACCUGGAAAGUCAACGAGAAUGGGAGCGCCAGUGGAUGCUUUCAGGGCAGCAGAACGUUGGAAUGGGACCCAGUGCAUCCGAUGGAGCUGUUUGUAUGGCCACCUUGCAGGCAGAAGCUAUGGGAAAUCAGGCUAUUCAUAAUGUUAUGGGCGAAAAGUUAAGACAGCAGCGAAAGGAUAGCAACAGUGAUAGCGAGUGGCUGAUCCAGGAGGAGUUGCUGCGACGUCGAUCCAGCUCGAUACCACAUGGAGCUCUACUCGAUCACCAGCAACAGAUGCUGCGACUCGACCUGAUGUCAGCCGGGCCGUCUAGUCUACCCGACUGUUCCAACUCCAGUUCCCGGCCCAUGACGCCCAACGCCAAUCUUCUGUCCCUAAAAUCGAACAAUUCUUCGGCGGAUCACUUGUCCGGCUCACAUACCGGCGAAGAUCAGACAGGCUCUAAUGCCAGAAACUUUGGCCAUUCGGUGUCCAGUCGCCCACUGAAUCGCGCCGAUGAUGAGGUCUAUUGUGCCACCACAAUGGUGGUUAAAUCGAUAAUGGUGCUGUCACAAGGGGUGGAGAAGGCCAACACCGAAGGCUAUUUGGAAUUGGUCAAGAAUGUGGGCGUCAAGCUGAGGAACUUGCUGACGUCAGUGGACAGAAUAUCCGUACUCUUUCCAGCACAGGCCCUUAAGGAAGUCCAAAUGGCACAUCAAGUACUUUCCAAAGACAUGCAUGAGUUGGUAUCCGCCAUGCGAUUAGCACAGCAAUAUAGCGACACUACUCUGGACUGUGAAUAUCGCAGGAGUAUGUUAUCGGCAGCCCAUGCUCUGGCUCUGGAUGCAAAGAAUCUGUUUGAUGUUGUCGACUCGAUUCGGCAGCGUUAUGACAACUUAUUCCCGGCCUCCAACCCCAAGGACCACGUCAGUUCAUCCAAUUUCGAGCCAUCCUCAAGCCAUGAGCCUAUCAACGAGCUGGGAGCCCACUUGAAGUCGAGUACCUCUGGUGAUUUGCUCCAUGGAACAGGAAUAUACGACAAUGACUUGCACCAGAGCUUCAGUUCGCAGUUGCAGCUGCAAGGUGUUGCCAACAAUAGUGGCGGCAGUGGUAGCCUUCAGAGGGGCAUGAGCUUGGAUCCCACAAAUGAGCCAUUGCGGAUUGUGGAAGAGAAUCUGGGUAGCCCCGGCGAACACAUGUACUGCAACACAUCCGCACUGCAUGGCCACGCGUAAUUCUUAAAUAGCCUAUGUGUUUUGUGUCUGCCCGAUAGAUAUUAACUUAAUCACUAAACUAUUGUACAUACUUAAAAUAUAUGUAUCGAAAUAUGUAUAACCAACGGAA